AUGCAGUGGAGCUUUUUCACACAAACUUCCCUCAUCUUUCCCAUGUCCGAUGACGAGACAAUACAGCCAGAGCCGGCUCAGGACUUUGAGUUUGCAGAGACUGCAGACUCGGCAGAUCCGGCCUACCCUCCUCGAGUCUGUCGAAUUUGCCUAGAAUCCGUUUCGCCCACCCUCCAGCCCUCGGAAUUUCUCCAGAGACCUCGCGUUGUGUAUGAAUCGGAAGACUCCGGCCGCUUGCUUAGCCCCUGCCAAUGCAAAGGCUCCUCGAGAUAUGUGCACGAAAACUGCCUGCAGACAUGGCGGCACGCGGACCCCCGAUACGGCGCGAGGAACUACUGGCAGUGCCCGACCUGCGGCUUUCAGUAUCGGCUACAACGUCUAACCUGGGCGAGGUGGAUCAGUAGUGCUGGCACACAGCUCCUCCUCACCAUCGCCAUUUUAAUGUUUACUGUUUUCAUUCUUGGUUUUGUUGCUGACCCAAUCCUUGAUUUGUACCUCGGCCCCAUUGACAUCGAUGUCUACGAGUUGGAAGAGGAGCUUAACACAGACGCGUCAUGGAUUGCCCAUCUUGCCAAAGGAGUGGCUUCUCUCGGUCUUUUGUCUAUUGCCAGGUCGAUCUGGGUAUUUUCUCCGUUCUGGAGCCCGCGCUCGGGGAUAUUGGCUGGCCGCACGACAGGACGAGACCGAGCUCGCUCUCUCAAUUGGUUGGUCAUUGUCGUCGGCGUUGGCACCUUUCUCUGGGCUGUUUACAAAGGUGUACGGUCCUGGAGUAAACGAACACUAGAAAAGGCGGGCGAAAGAGUGAUGGAUGUGUCUUUACCAGAGGACGAUGUAAAAACCGAAUGA